GUCCGAAAAGCAGCGGUAAAUUUCGAAAAUGAAAUAACAGAAAAUCCAUCACAUUAUAUGGAAUUAUUGGCAUAAUCGAGUAUGGAUACUUCAAAGAUGGAUUCGAUGGAGGGGUGUAAUGAGCCGAUACCCAGUCGAAUUGCUAGACUGAACCAGAUGGUUUGUGGGAAACCAUCAGCAGUAGGGAGAAAGGCUUUAGCAUCGAGAGAGGCUUUACUUGAUGCCCUUUUUGUGCUGUUUGAUGAGUGUCAACAUACAGAACUCAGAAAUAACACAUACAUCGCAAGCUUCAUAUCAAAAUAUGAGAAAACUAUAAACAAUCUAAAGCAGCUUCGUAUCAACCUGACUGACUUUGAGGCUAAAAAGGUGAUUGGUCGAGGUCACUUUGGUGAUGUUGAAGUGGUUCGAGAGAAACAGACGGGGGAUAUAUAUGCAUUAAAGGUCCUACGUAAAAUGGACACCCUUAACCAACAUGACGUUGCAUUUUAUGAAGAAGAGAGAGACAUUAUGGCAAAGGCCAACAGCCCUUGGUUGACUAAACUACAAUAUGCAUUCCAAGAUAUUGACCAUCUCUAUCUUGUUAUGGAGUUUCACCCUGGGGGUGAUUUCCUUGCAUUACUGGGCAGGUUCGAUGAUAUUUUGGCAGAACCCAUGGCCAGAUUCUAUAUUGCAGAGAUCACUCAAGCAAUCCAUAGUUUACACAAUAUGGGAUAUGUUCACAGAGACAUCAAACCAGAGAACAUCCUUAUUGACAGAACUGGACACAUUCUACUCGCUGACUUUGGAUCUGCUGCAAAACUCAACAAAGACAAAAAGAUCGAUGCCAAAAUGCCUGUUGGAACACCUGACUAUAUCAGCCCUGAGGUCUUGCUGAGUAUGAACAGUAGCGGGGGAAGCAAGGCAUAUAGCCUUGAAUGUGAUUGGUGGUCGCUGGGGAUCGUUAUGUAUGAAAUGUUGUUUGGAAUUACGCCAUUCUCAGAUGACUCCAUGGUUAAGACUUACAGCAACAUCAUGAACUUUAAGAAGAACCUGACUUUUCCCAAGGGUGAAAAUGUAUCAAAAUCAGCGAGAGAUUUGAUAAAGAGGCUCUUAUGCAAGGCAGAGGAUAGAUUCACAUAUAAACAGAUCUGCACUCAUGAUUUAUUUGAUGAUAUUGAUAUUACAAAUAUCAGACAAACUAAGCCGCCAUACAUUCCAACUGUAACGGGUCAAGAUGACACCUCCAAUUUUGAAGAGUUUGACAAAGAGCGGGAACAUCCAUCCUUCCUCGAUGAUAACUCUAGGAAGAUUUUCUCGGGUCGCGAUCUUCCAUUUGUCGGAUUCACCUUCACAAAGCCGUUAGAAGGGGAAAGAAGUCUAAAAUCACAGGAGAGUUUCUCCAGCCCAAGAGUGAGUACAAAACUGGAACAUAAGUUGACCAUCAGAUCCAAGGAACUUAUGACUAUGAGGGAGAAAUAUAGCAAGUUGGAAGAAGAGGGGUCCAGUGCAAAAAUGAUGAAAGAGAAGGUCAGUGGCCUCGAGGAUGAACUAUUAAAAGUUAGAACAGAAAGAGAUGUCUUUGAGAAAGACCUUGCAACGUACAUCACAGAAAUCAGUAGUUUGAAAAGGUUGCUAGAUUUAGAGAAACAAGAGAGACUGACCACUGAUAACAGAGCUAUGCAACUACUAGAUGAGAUAAGGGAACAAAUGGAGGUUGCUGAAAAGCUGAGAACUGAAAACAACCAGGUUGAGUUGGAAGAACACAAAGAGAUUAUAGCUGGCCUGGAAGAUGAAGCUCUAGAAAUGAGGUGUAAGAUAGAGAAACUGGAGAAAGAGCUGCUACGUAGGAAACAAGAAGGCACCAAGGCCCAGUCAACUAUAUCUGAACUCCAAUCAAAACUAGCCAAGGCCAAGACUGAGAAGAGGAAGAGCAGCUUUGGGAUGAAUGUGUUACUAGAGAAACAGAAGGAGACAUACUUGGCACAAGAGAAAGAGCUUCAGAGUAAGCUGGAGAAAGCCAUCAAAGACAGCUAUGACACUCAGAAUAUGUUGAAAGAACUCAGAGAUGCCAAGGAAUGUCUAGAACUAGAGGUGACAGAACUGAGGGAGCAGACAAUGUCCCAGAGUAUGAUGGUCGAUCAGCUACAAGAGAGUGAGCAUAAACGCAGAUCAUUGGAAAUCCAGAUGACAAGUUUUGUUGCUUUUGAAUCUCGUGAAAAUAGGCUGAAAGAAGAAAUUGAGGCUAAACAAGAGGAGAUACUGGAAUUGAAAGAGGAGAUACAGAACAUGGAAGAGAGUUUCCAAAGCAAGGAGAGCAGCUACAAACAGGUGGAGACAGUUCUUAGACAGAAGGAGAGGCAACUUCAACUGAAAAUAAAUAAUCUUGAGGGACAGAUUCGAGAGAUGAAGGGAGAGAAGCGCCUCCUAGAGGAAUCCAACAUCACUAUAUUUGAUGAAAAUGAAACCAUGCAGAAUACUGUAACUGACCAGGAAAAUAUUAUUGCUGACCUGAAAGCCACUAUAACAAGACUGGAGAAGGAGUCAACUUUACAACAGCAUAGUAGACCUGGCUCCUUCACUGUAACAUCAAAAAUAAAGUUCCGCAAUAAUUCAGAUGAAAAUCAAACAAUGAGCACGAUUAGUGAUAUCGAUAGCCAGUCAGGAAGCCAGUCUGACAGCCAAUCGGAAUGCUCCGUUGAUGACGUUGAAGGUCCUAUAGUACACAGGUCAAAGAUCAUGCAAGUUACUCUGCAAUCGAGGUCAAGGUCACCUGAGCGACGUUCAAAUUCAAAGCAAGCAACUACUAUUAAAUCCUGCACGUCUAUGUCAACUUCUCCUGAGAAACGAACUAGUGUAGCUCAAAGGAUUAAGAUUCACGAAGAAAGUUCAUCAGGUCGAAGGUCAAACAGUACACAGGCGACCCCUAAAAGCAGCAGCUUAAACUUCAAGGAGGUUCGAAGUUACCAGUCAUCAGUUUCGGCAGGAACAGGCACCGACCCAACCAAUACUACAGAGACAUCUAUUCAGACGAGUCCAAUGCACAUUAAGCAAGAGCCAACAUUGUCUCAACUACGAGAAGAGAAAGUCCUUUAUGAGGCCAGAAUAGAAGAACUGGAGGCAAAAUUGGAGAAUGUGCAGAAGGUUGCAGACGAGGGUCGCCUACGUGGUGUGGAGGCAAGAUUUACACUAAGAGAGAAAACUAAGGAGUAUAAUGAAAAAUUAGAGAAGUACGAAACAGAACUAGAUGAAGUGAAAGAAAAACUAAGUGCUACUGAACUUAACCUUACAAGCUCCAAAGAACGAAUAAAAGCUCUGGAAGAAAAAGAGAGCUCUCUAAAAAAGAAGGUAGAUGAAUUAGCAUGGGAUGUGCGAAAGACGACGCGUGAAGCGAAAGAGAAGCUUGAUGACCUUCAGGCGGAACGAACUAAGUUUGAACAGAAAUGUAAAAUAUUAGAAGAGAAAAAUAAGUCCCUUCAAGAUGUUGAUGCGAAGCUACAGGAGAAAACACGAGAGUGUUCUACAUUGAAGCAGAACAACAAAGAGAUAGAGCUACAGAUCCAACUGCUCCAGAAACAGAAGAUCAAACUAGAAGGAGAGUUAGGGAGAGUAAAGGAUGAAGCACUUGAAGAGUCAAGGAAGAUUGGAUCAUCUGAUCAGCAAAUUGCAAGUUUGAAGUCAAUCUGCAUGGAGCUGGAGUCUCAAAUCACAGAUCUUGAGAGAAUGAAUGGAGAACUAGAGGAAAGGAUUGCCAAGAGUCUCCGAGAGCAAACUGAACAUAAACAACUCUGGACCCAUGAAAAGUGCAGUUUUGAAAGUAGCAUUGAGGAAAAGAGCAGCAAGAUUGGACGUCUUGAAAUACAAGUUAACUCUGAGAAACAAGCAAAGCAAGGGGCAGAGAAGAAGCAUGUAGAACUGAAGCAGUUAUAUGACACAGCCCAGGAGAAACACACAAAGGAGGUUGAGGGUCUAACAAAGCAGCUUCACGAUCAAAGUGACAGGGCCAGAGAGUUAAGCCAACAGCUGAAUGAGCUUGAGAGGAAACACAAUCUAUUGGAAGUGAACUACAAGGCUGCCAAGCGGAACCUUGAAGCAUUCCAGACUGAGAAUAUAGGACUCAAAGAAGAGGCAUCCAAGCUGAUCACGCAGACCAAGGAGCUAAAGGGAACAAAUAUGAAGUUAGCUAAUGGUUUAGAAGAAGCCUUGGACAAGUGUGAGAUAUAUAAGGAUGAGAAUGAAGAGAUGCAGCACCAAAUAGAUAGCCUCAUGAACCACCAUAGGAAUGAUAAAUACAAACUUGAGAGUACAAUGGGACAACAGACUAAGCUGAUCAGCUACUUGCAGGACAAAUGUGAUCAGCCGCAAACCAAGAAAAAGAAGAAGCUGAGACUUUUUGGUGAUAAAGAACGUGAAAGCCAUCUGCAGGAAUGGCAGGAGCUCCAGAAAACAGUAGAGGUCGAUCAUAGCAAGCUGCCUCAGACACCAAGCAUGCGUCGUAGAGCUGAACCAGUAGCGACCUCUAGUGUCCAAGAACAAUCCCAGACUCCCAUUGCACGCAAAGACAUCACCCUAAAAAAUUCAGAAUCUCUGAAGACCCCCAAGCAACCUACCAGGAAGUGUGAAACCCUGAAAACGCAUGGUUGUUGCGAGAAUAUGCCAGAACCUAACCCUGUAAGGAAUGUGAAUGUUAAAGUUAAAACCCUGCAAACGCUGCGUGCUGAAUCCAUGAUUCAAAAAGAUCCACAUGAUAAGUUUAAAAUGCCGAUUAAAGCAGGUACAAAAGGGAGAGGACGGUUGGGGACACUCACGAAAAAAGAGAGAAUGCAUCAUAAUAUCCCACAUAUGUUCACAACUGGAUUAAACACCAGGGCACGCCGCUGUGCAGCGUGUCUAGGCACAGUCCAUUUUGUGAAGAACGGCUCGAAAUGUACAGCAUGUGGUGUAAUUUGCCAUCCUAAAUGUGCAUCCUCUAUGCCUGCAACCUGUGGUCUUCCAACGGAAUACAUGGAACAUUUUGAAUUGCUCAUGGGGCAAGUGGACCGUAAGGGAAGUGGUAUUGGAGUUGACGUUGCCAUGGUGCAGCAAGGUUGGAUCAAAGUGCCAAAGGCUGGAAACCAUGGUUGGGAGAAGAAAUGGGCUGUUCUUGAAGACAGUGAACUUUGUAUAUAUCAGAAUGACAACACAAGUCAACCUGAAGAGAGGUUUGAGUUGGAUCCAGACAAUGGUGAAGUGACAGUUCACAGUGGAGUUCCAGCAGCUGAACUGACUAGUACUGCAAGCACUGAUCUGCCAUUUGUGUUGAGAUUGGAAUUUAAGCCAGUCACUACCUGCUGGCCUGAAAGGAGCAUGUACUUGAUGGCCCUUGACUUUGCUGAUAAACAGAAAUGGGUGGCAACCCUAGAAGCAGUUGUGGCACAGAACAGAUCAGAUGAUGCCUCCAAAAAUGCAAAGAUACAUGGCAACAUGUUGUUGUCAAUGGAUGAAGAGAUAGGAGACAGGAAAUUGGACAUUAACUGCACAUUGCUGUUAGAUCAAAAGCAUUUACUCCUGGGCUGUGAGGAGGGUUUGUUCUCGUUAGAUCUGACAGAUACAACGUCUCAGUCCUUGGUUGAGGUUGAGGGGAUUGGAGCCGUGCAUCAGCUGGCUCGUAUCGACUCCCAUGGUCUCAUCUUGAUGAUAUCAGCACGUCACGAAGUUCAUCACUGUCAUGAGAGACGUCUCUAUAUGCUGAACAUCCAAUCUGUAAAAUCGCGGGUCCAACAAGCAGGCACUGGACAACAGACAUCACUGGAGAUCCGCAUGGUAGAAGAUGUUCGAGGUUGCACGAUCUUCAACUAUAACAUGUUGCAUGAUGGGUUAUAUUGUUGCGUCGCAGUGCCGGAGAAAGUAGUGAUAUUGAAGUAUAACUCCACCUUGGCUAAGUUUGUGAUACAGCAGAAUGUGCCGACGAACCAACCAACAAGCUGCCUCCACUUCAGCCAUCAUUACAUCAUCAUCGGAUCGGACAAGUUCUACAAGCUCGAUCUUCUAACGUACCAAUUCUCUGAGUUCAUUGACUCCAGUAGCGACCCCUCGUUGGCGUUUGCGGCAUUCGGGGCUUCACAGUUUAAUAGUUUCCCCGUGGCAAUUGUUCAGCUUAGUCCAGAAGAGGAUGAUGAAUUUCUAUUGUGUUUCCAUGAAUUUGGUGUAUUCGUUGACAGAGAUGGUAAAAGGUCGCGGCAACAUGAUUUAAAGUGGAAUGGACUGCCAUUGGCUGUAGGUUACAAUGACCCCUACUUAUAUGUGACCCACUUUAACAGGCUACAAGUGUUUGAUAUAGCAGAUAACCCAGACGAUAUCAGCGAGCAGACAAACCUGGAUCUGGUCUGCCCGAGAUACGUUGGGAAAGCUAAGAUAGAUGGAGCUGUCUACAUCACGAGUAGCAAGGGAUGCAAGACACAACUCUACUGUUUCCUUGGUAACAUGUUUGAUGCAGUUAAAGAGAAUAUCCCAGUUAAGAAAGUAAAGAAAAGUCCAACUAAACGGAAAUCCAACGAAACCACCCAGGAGAAAGGAUUCAUUAGCCCCACAAAAAACCAACUCCACAUCCGAUCGUUGAGUGGGUCACCCAGUAAAUCUAAGCUGAAAAAACAGACCCGUAAUGUACCCGUAAAAUCAAGCUUCAGUUCUGUGACAUCCGAUGACUCCUUGACAUCAUUCGCAAGCACAGACACGGACUCUUCGCAAUAUGUCAUGAAACGUGCCGUGAUUACUAACACUGUUACGGUUCAUCGGAGUCCCAUGAAGAAGAAAGCAAAAUUCCUGGAAUCUGACAUAUAAGGAAUU